AUGUCAAAUAAUAAUUUAGAAGAUAAACCAAAAUCUGAAAAAUCUGAAAAAUCUAAAUCUAUUAAAUCAUAAUAACAAUCUUAAUAAAUAUCUUAACCAUCAAUAUCUUUAAUGGAAAGAAAUUUAUAAAAAAUGAGAACAUUAACAUAGAAAUUGAUUGCUCCAAAUGUUUUAGAAGGACAUUCAGAAAGUGUAAUAGAAUAAUUAAAAUAAAUGAUCCUACCUUAACCAUCUGAUGAUUUGAUUCAUAUUACUGAAACCUUAGAAGAAGCACAUAAUAUGUAAUUUCUUUCAUAACCAAUUCAAAUCAUUUAAGGAUAAUUAUAAGAUAGAGAGUUAUUAAAUGCUAUGGCUCUUAUUGUUAGUCAUUAAUAAUUAUUUAACACUCUUUAUAUUAUAGAUGAAGAAUAGGAUAGAUACAUAUUCAAAUUAUACAAAAAAAAUUAGAGAUAUUCUGUAAUUAUUGAUCCAUAUAUUUAUUUUUCUGGUCAUUUACCAAAAUAUUCUCGUUCUGGUUAUAAUUCAAUAUGGGUAAGUCUAUUAGAAAAGGCAUUGUCUAAUAUUUUGGGUGGUUAUGAUUAAUUAGUUGGUAUUUCUCUUAGAGAUUCAAUAAGAAAUUUAUGUGGUUUAGAUCCUGAAAUAAUAGUUUAUGAAAAUCCUGAUAAUGUGAAUUAAAAAUAAUUAUAAUAAACAUUAAGUUUAUUAUAAAAAAAUGGAAGUAUUGUUGGAUUUAUGUAAAUAAAUAGUAUAGGAUUUAAUAAAAAUUAAAAGGUUUAAUCUUCAUUUCUACCAACACUUAAUUAAAUAUAUGUAUUUGAAUCUAUUUAAGAGAAUAAAGUUAAAAUUAUUAAUCACUUUUAAGUAAGUUAACAUGAAAUAACAAUUAAAGAUAUAACUUAAAAUUUUAAUUGUAUUGUAAUAAUUAAAGAUUUUCCUGAUGAUUAUAGAGGAUUAUUUAUUAAUAUUACUACUACUACUCAUGGUGUUCCUGGUAAUAAUUAAUAAUGGAUUAAUAAUCCAAGUUAUUAGAUGGUUAUAAAUACAUAAAAUGAAACACAAUUUAUAUUUCGAUUAUCUGAAUUAGAAAAUUAAGAUGGUAUUACUGGUUUAUUACUUGUUAAUUAAAGAGAUGUAAGAACAUUUAAUUAAAAUAAUGUUGUUUUUAUGACUAAAUAAAAUAUAGUAUAAAUUGGAUAGAGAAAAUAGAAUUAUUCUUGUUUUAGUGUUAAAAUAAAAGGAUUUCAUACUUUAUUUGUAUUCAGUACAAGCAAAGAACCAAAAUUAGUUUUAUUAGAAAUCUUUUAUGCUGGAAGACCAUCAUAAAUUGAAUUUAAAUUCAAAAGUAAACCUAUAAUAGAAUUUUGUGUUGGAGAACCUUAAGAUUCAGAAGGACUAAGAAUAUUGAGAGAUGUAUUGAAAGAUAAAGAUUUAAUAAUAGGAAAUUUUAAGAAUUAAAUUCUUAAUAAUCCAAAUUAACCUGUCUCUUCUAAAACUUAUAAUGAUGUAAUAGAAUUAGAUUAAGAAAUGGCAUGUAUAUAGGAGUAUAAUUUUAUUAUUAUAAAGAAAUUAAUUAUAAGAGGAAUUGUUAGGAAUUAAUCUUGAAGGAAAGGAUCCUUAAGAAACUGAGAUCUAUGAUUUUAAUGAUUAUUAAUUAACAGAUGAAGGUUUCUAAAUUAUUCUUCCUGAUUUAAUAGCUGAACCUGUGAUAAAAGAAUUACGAUUAAGAAAUAAUUAAUUACAUGAUGAAUCUAUUCUAUAAUUAUGUUAUGAAUUAGAUAAAUCAUAUCAUUUAGAAUUAGAAUUUUUGGAUGUUUCAUAAAACUAAUUAACAAAAAAAUCAAAUGAAGUUUUAAAUAAUCUAAAGAAGAGAUUGAAGAAUUUAUAAAAGAUAAUUUAAUGA